AUGAUAUACGACGUGGCCAUCAUCGGAGCCGGGCCCUGCGGACUGGCAGUGGCUUCACGGCUGCGUGAAUCGACGCCCUCAGCGCUAUUUACGGAUGACGAACAUGCACGGUACUGGAAGCGGUUCAGCAAGCUUGAGACAAUUGAGUCGGAACGCAAGAGAAACAGGAGGACUGAAAAGAAAAACAACAGGACUGGUUCGCAGGGUAGUAAUACUAGCAACGACAGCGAGGGAACUCAGAACAACAGCAAUGCCAGCAACAGCAGCAGCGAAGAAGAAGAGGAUGACAAAGGCCAUGACAAAUCCAUCAUUGUGCUAGACGCCCAUUCCAACGAAUGGAUGUCGGCGUGGAAGGAAAAGUUCCGCAACCUCCAGAUCGAUCACUUACGGAGUCCGCUGUUCUUCCAUCCGGAUCCGCGCGACCGCGAUGGAUUGUUGGCCUUUUCGCAUUUCAGUGGUCGGACGCCAGAGCUGGAGGAGAUUCAGAAUGUUGUGGGGAGGGAGAUCAGUAAGCACCAGGCGAAGAAAAGUAAGAGUCGGGGUAGAAGACAGGUAUCUCGCCAUCUACGAAUCGACGACCGCGACCGCAUCGACUACUACACACCCUCCAGCCAACUCUUCGAAGAUUUCUGCAGAGACAUAAUCGAGCGGUACCGCCUCCGCAAUCUCAUCCACCAAGCUCGCGUCCAAACCAUCGAGUACGGCGACGUAGGGGGCCUGUUUGGCAACAACCUAUUCAGUCUAGUCACAGACAGCAAAGAAACCAUCUUGGCCAGGACGGUAGUUCUCGCCGUGGGACCGGGUGCAAAACCGUCGAUUCCGCGAGACUGCAAUCUGCGACUCGAGACCGGUACAGGCAGCGUGUGCCAUUGUUUCGACUCUACAGGCGGAACAUGUCUGCCUGAACAUGUUGCGCGAAAGAUCGAGGCCCGGGUUCCCACAUGUGUCGUUGUGGUUGGAGGUGGCCUCACCAGCGCCCAGAUUGCAGAUCUGAUGAUUCGUCGAGGCGUGCGGAAGGUGUUUUUGCUGCUCAGAGGCAAAUAUAAGUUGAAGCACUUUGACGUCGAUCUCGAGUGGGUUUCUAAAUUGCGGAACCAGCAGAUGUCGGUGUUUUGGUCGGCUGAUACUGAUGAGGAGCGCUUCCAAUUCCUAGCCCAAGCCCGCAACGGCGGCAGCAUAACACCCAAAUACGACAAGAUCCUACGGAAACACGUUGCGAGCGGCGCCGUGACCAUCCUCACACAAACAUGCAUCACCCGGGGGACCUGGGCAGAAUCAUCCCAGACCUGGUCACUGGAUAUAACUCCGCCACAUCCAGGGUUUCCAGACCAGAUCGACCACAUUGUCUAUGCGACGGGGGUGCCUCCAAAAAUCGAAAAUGUCGCUUGCAUGCAGGAAAUUCUUGAACGGCAUCCGAUAAAGGCGAUCAAUGGACUUCCGUGUAUUAACAACGAUUUGAUGUGGAAUGAUGAUGUCCCGCUGUUUCUCACGGGUGGAUUGGCUGGGUUGAGAUUAGGUCCUGGUGCAGGCAAUCUGGCUGGCGCGAGACAGGGUGCUGAAAGGAUUGCUUGGAAGAUCGACGAGUUGUUGGAACCGGACGAGAACGAGAUCCCAAACCAGACCGAGAUGAUUUUGGAUAGUAUGGAGGAAAAGAAAGGACGGAAACUAUCGUCGCAGCAGGGCAACCAGGGCAGUAGCCAAGGAUGGAACUUGAAUCGGAAGUCUAAGUUGUCCAUGGAGCAAGAGAGGAGUGAGUUCACGGGUGGCUUUGCUAAUCAGUUCCAAGCGCUUGCUACUGUCGAAGGCUACUAA